AUGUCGCCACCUGCCUCUGCCGUCGAGACUCAGACUCAGACCAUCCCCGAGUCUAUCGCUAUACAGCUCAAGGGCACCCGAAGCGGUGAUCCCAAGCAUGUCUCCCGCAAUGUCGUCCCUAAGACGACUGCAGACCCCGACCAGCAAUCGCCUCGAGAGGCGAUCUGCCAUGGCGAUAUUGCCCUUGCUCGACCCCCGACAUUCAAUUCGAUCCAUGAGGAGCGUGCCUACCUGACCGCUCAUCUGGCCGCCGCCUUCCGGUACUGGGCGCGCGCCGGCUUCACCGAGGGCUUGGCUGGACACAUCUCCGUCCGAGACCCCGAGCUUCCGGGCGCCAUCUGGAUGAACCCCUCGGCCUCGGACAUGGUCCUUGUGGACAUGGAGACGGGAAAAGUGGUCGGAGGUAACCGCAAGCGACCUAUCAACGAAGCGGGGUUCUUCAUCCACCGCGCGGUCCACCAGGCUCGCCCGGACGUGCAUGCCGCCUGUCACUGCCAUACCACCGCGGCGCGCGCGUUCUCCACAUUCCAACGUCCUCUGCGUAUGCUCACGCAGGACAUGUGCACCCUCUAUGACGCACAAGCCGUCUACGCCAACUACGGCGGCAUCGUCAUGGCAGACGACGAGGGACGCAGGAUCGCGGCGGCCCUCGGCGAGACGACCAAGGGCGCAAUCCUCAUGAACCAUGGUCUCCUGACCGUCGGAAAGACGGUCGACGAGGCCUGCUACCUCUUCGGCCUGAUGGAGCGCAGCUGCGACAUCGAGCUUAAGGUCAUGGUCGGCGAGGCGAGGGGUGAAAAGGUCGCCGAGAUCUCGCCAGAGGAGGCUGCGUACAACUUCAAGACGUCCAGCGACCCCGAGGUCUUGUACUGGGACUUCCAGCCAGAGUAUGACUUCGAGUACGAGACUUGCAACGGCAAGUUCGACGAUUUCAAGGGCCUGUAG